AUGACCAAGCUUCUUCGCUUAACUCUUAUCGCCCUCGCCGUUAUUGUACUUGCAAAUGUCGUUGUGUCGAUGCCACUCCCGGUCAACAAAAGAUUCGGCCCAGUCAGUGAUUGGGGUGAAGACCGCAUCCAAGUUACUUGUAACAGACGAAGAGCAUGUCCUCCUCAUCUUGAUGGUGGUGGCGGUCACAAAGGUCCAAGCAACAGCGAUCCAUCUCCCCCUGACGGAGAUAACUAA